GGUCUAUUUGACAGGCGUUCCCAGCUGCCGGAGUCACAGAAACUGGCAGACGAACAGAAGACAUGUGUGGAAUAUUUGCCUAUCUCAACUACCACGUGCCAAGGACUCGCCGAGAGGUCCUUGAAAUCCUCCUGAAAGGCCUGCGGCGUCUGGAGUACAGAGGCUACGACUCUGCCGGUGUGGGCAUUGAUGGCGGUAACAGCAAGGAGUGGGAGACCAAUGCCAAAGCCAUCCAACUAAUCAAACAGCGUGGAAAAGUCAAGGCUCUGGAUGAGGAGAUCCACAAACAGCAGGAUAUUGACCUCGAUGUGGAGUUUGAUGUUCACCUCGGCAUUGCUCACACCCGCUGGGCCACCCAUGGAGAGCCAAGCCCUGUUAACAGCCAUCCGCACAGAUCAGACAAGAACAAUGAAUUCAUUGUCAUUCACAAUGGCAUCAUCACCAACUAUAAAGACCUAAGGAAAUUCCUGUUGAGCAAAGGCUAUGAGUUUGAGUCGGAGACGGACACAGAGUCCAUAGCCAAGCUGGUGAAGUACAUGUACGAUAACAGGGAGAGUGAUGACAUCAGUUUUGCCACUCUGGUGGAAAGGGUGACCCAGCAACUGGAAGGUGCUUUUGCCCUGGUCUUUAAGAGUGUUCACUACCCCGCCGAGGCAGUGGGCACAAGGAGGGGAAGUCCUCUCCUGAUUGGUGUGCGAAGUGACCACAAGCUGUCUACAGACCAUAUUCCUGUGGUUUAUCGCUCAUCUGGCAAAGACAAGAAGGGCUGCAGUUCCCUUCCCAGGGUCGACCAGGACACCUGCCUGUUCCCUGUGGAUGAGAAAGCUGUUGAGUACUACUUUGCCUCUGAUGCAAGUGCUGUAAUAGAACACACAAAUCGGGUGAUCUUUCUGGAAGACGAUGAUGUGGCUGCUGUGACAGAUGGACGGCUGUCUAUCCAUAGGAUAAAACGCCGGGCUGGAGACUACCCGGCCCGCGCUAUCCAGACCCUGCAAAUGGAGCUGGAACAGAUCAUGAAAGGAAACUACAGCUCCUUUAUGCAGAAGGAAAUCUUUGAGCAGCCAGAGUCCGUUGUCAAUACUAUGAGAGGAAGAGUCAACUUUGACAACAACACAGUGACACUGGGUGGACUGAAGGACCACAUCAAAGAGAUCCAGAGAUGUCGACGCCUCAUCCUUAUUGCAUGUGGCACCAGCUACCAUGCAGGUGUAGCGACUCGUCAGGUCCUGGAGGAGCUGACAGAGCUGCCUGUUAUGGUGGAGCUAGCCAGCGACUUCCUGGACCGGAACACACCGGUUUUCCGAGACGAUGUCUGCUUCUUUAUCAGCCAGUCAGGGGAGACUGCUGAUAGCCUAAUGGCCCUACGUUACUGUAAGGAGAGAGGGGCUCUGACUGUGGGUGUCACCAACACAGUGGGCAGCUCCAUUUCACGAGAGACUGACUGUGGAGUGCACAUCAAUGCUGGCCCUGAGAUUGGAGUGGCGAGCACCAAGGCUUACACGAGCCAGUUUGUUGCCCUGAUCAUGUUUGCUCUGAUGAUGUGUGAUGACCGGAUUUCCAUGCAGCCAAGGCGUCGUGAGAUCAUUCAGGGUCUGAAAGUGCUUCCGGAUCUGAUCAAGGAGGUCCUCAGUUUGGAUGAUGAGAUCCAGAAACUGGCAACAGAGCUGUACCAUCAGAAGAGCGUACUGAUCAUGGGCAGAGGCUACCAUUAUGCUACCUGCCUGGAAGGAGCUCUGAAAAUCAAAGAGAUCACUUACAUGCAUUCUGAAGGCAUCCUGGCUGGGGAGUUGAAACAUGGUCCGCUGGCUCUGGUGGACAAGCUCAUGCCAGUCAUCAUGAUCAUCAUGAAAGACCACACCUACAUCAAAUGUCAGAACGCCCUGCAGCAAGUCGUCGCCCGCCAGGGCCGCCCCAUCGUGAUCUGUGACCGCGACGAUUACGAGAGCAUCAGCAACUCGUGCCGCACCAUCAAAGUGCCUCACUGCGUGGACUGCCUGCAGGGCAUCCUGAGCGUCAUCCCCCUGCAGCUGCUCUCUUUCCACCUGGCUGUGCUCCGAGGUUACGACGUGGACUGUCCAAGAAACCUGGCCAAGUCUGUGACAGUGGAGUGAACCUCAUAGCAGGCUGGAGGACACGCAGCGAAGGAGUGAAGUAGAAAACAUCCUGUUUGCGUGUCUGGCUUAAUGCGUCUACUUUUAUGCACCAUUUUACUUGUAUCUCACUGUCGCAUCUUUCUGUAUCUCACUGUUAGACUUCUUGGUGUUAUCGUAGGCUGGUGGCAGUAAUGUCUGGGCUGGCACUGAUAAAGGUAUCCUCCUGGCUCUGACUUGGUGCACCUGUAGCAUCAAACUGGAGUUUCCUGCGUCCCAAGUUAUGUAGCCAACCAGUGAGCAAAUUAAUUUGAUAGGAAGCAUUUUGGAGCUGAUGUUGCUGACUGAUGGAACUUAUUGGCUCCAUCCUUCUUAAGUGCAAUGAUUUGUAGUUUAGUUGGCGUCUUUCUUUCUGUUUGGCAGCUACUCGUUUGAAGUUUGACAUUUUUUCUGGCCCCACGAGUCAUAAUUGCUGCAAUCACUGGAUGACAGUUUUGACACUGUUGGAUUUAUGUGCACACACCAGUUACUGAAGUAGCAGCGUCCGGUCUUGGUGUUACGGUAGCUCCAUCCACAUUCCGGUCAUAUGAGCUUGAUGGGCUCGCUACUCUUGUUACAUUAUUUUCAUGCCACAUUUAUAUUUUCGAGACAAUUUCAUGCAAUUGUAAUUGUAAGUAAAGUUUCCGGUUGAUUGUUAUUGUAUUGCGGCUCUAGUUGACUUGCUUACACAAUGAAGCGAUACCAGUGAGAUGAAGUUACUUCAAGAAGAACUCGGUGAGUGCCAGCCCACACCCUUCCACCAUGACUGCAAACACAAUAUUGGGACCAUUUGUAGCUACUGUUAAUUUUAUACUUGUUUAUUUUCUUGAGAGAAAUCAGAAUUUUUGUAUUGUUUGAUCGGAAAUUUGAAUGUUACCGAAAAAUGUCCUGUAAAACCAAACAUGCUGUCAGUUUGAACGGAACCAAAACAUAUAUAUUGAUGAUGUUUGUGCUAUGUUUUUUUGUAGCAUACUUAAUGUGGUGGCAGCGUGUUACACUGUAGAUGCUUUAGCUGCAAAGAGAUGCACAGCUGUGAAGGAGCAGGAGCUGCCAGAGAUAACAUUUUUACUGCUUGUCACCUUUUGCUUUUGACAUUCAUCUUGCUUCUGCAAUCGAGCCUUAAUCUAAAACGUGCAUGUCUCCCCAACAUCGAGCUUUUAUUUGGCAAUGGGUAUAUUUAAUUGAAAUCAUUGAUGUUAGCUGGGGGGGGGGGCACUAUUUGUUAGCACGGUUGAUGCAGUACAGAGUCAACAACCUCUCUUCAAGUGAGCUCAUUGGAUGAUAUGGCGCUGCACAUUUGGAACGAAAUACUGACCUUUGUGCUGUAUAGUUGGAUUCAAAUUAAAUCUGCAUUUAAACUGACAUUAAAAUGAUAUAAGAUAUGCA